CAGGGUUAUCAGUUCAAUGACGAUAACGGCGAUCUGCAACCCUCAUUAUCUAGGAUGUCCGGUCAGUAUGACAAUGGGUUCUCUUCUGUUUCGAACGGGCUUGGCGAAGAGCAAUAUACUGUGGAUUCCGCGUACGGUCUCAAUAGUCCACUGAACUCGUUCGGAUUUGAAACCAACGGCCGCGUUAAUCCUAACGCUAACGGUACCAGCGGAUCGACUGCGCUCUACCAUCACAACGGCUCUCGUUACGGUUUGGCUAUUGGCGGCCGUACAAGCAGUGCAGAAAGUAAGGUGAACGGUUUACAUGGUUCUAAGCAUAAGCGGGGCGAUAUAGACCGUGAGUGUGAUGUAAACUGGAGCUUAUCUGCUUCUGACUGCCCUGGCGAGCCAGUCAAUCGGUUUGCUGGUACCAGGCUGGAGGACCUUCAAGGCGAGAUUCCUAGUCUUUGCAAAGAUCAGCAUGGGUGCAGGUAUCUUCAAAAGAAACUUGAGGAGGGUGUUCCCGAACAUCGUGACAUGAUCUUCCGCGAGACGUUCAGUCAUUUCGCGGAUCUCAUGACCGAUCCGUUUGGCAACUACUUGUGCCAGAAGUUGUUGGAGUACUCUACCGAUGAGCAACGCAACGUGAUUUGCGAAUCUGUAGCUCAAGACCUCGUUAACAUUUCUCUUAACAUGCAUGGUACUCGUGCGGUUCAGAAAAUGAUCGACUUCUUGUCCACACGUCGUCAGACUGAUGUUAGAUACAAUACUCAGAUACACUCAAUCAUUGUCGCUCUCAGCCUUCACGUCGUCGUGCUCAUCAAAGACUUGAACGGCAACCAUGUUAUCCAAAAAUGCCUGAACAAGCUUGCGCCGGAGGAUAACCAGUUUAUCUACAAUGCAGUUGCUGCUAACUGCGUUGAGGUUGCUACCCAUCGUCAUGGCUGCUGUGUUCUGCAGCGCUGCAUUGACCAUGCGUCAGAUCACCAACGUGUUCAACUGGUCAAUGAGAUCACCUAUAAUGCACUUACAUUGGUCCAAGAUCCCUAUGGCAACUACGUUGUCCAAUAUAUUUUGGACCUGAAUGACAACCGUUUUAGUGAUGCUGUCAUACGUCAGUUCACAGGGAAUGUUUGUGCGCUGUCUGUGCAGAAAUUCAGUUCGAACGUGAUCGAAAAGUGUAUCCGCGUUGCAGAGCAUUCCACUAGAAAAAUCCUCAUUGAGGAGUUACUAAACCGUACGCGGUUAGAGAAGUUGUUGCGUGACUCUUAUGGUAACUACUGCGUGCAGACUGCAUUGGAUUAUGCUGAGCCGGCACAGCGUGCUUUACUGGUUGACGGCAUUCGCCCUGUCCUUCCCUUGAUUCGCAACACUCCGUAUGGUAAACGUAUUCAGAACAAGCUUCAACGUGAACAAAUGGAUCACUAUGGAGGCGGUGGUGGGGGAUACCAUUCUCCUCAAGCCAUGAUGAAUGUCGGUGGUCAAGGCAUGAACAUGGGUCAUAAUCACCCCGGUGGCGGUCGUCAUAUGCCUCAGAACAUGCAUCCUGCGGGCGCUCUCGCUGAAGUGUAUGGGGCACAAAAUGGUCUUUACAACAUGCAAGGUGGACCAGGUAUGCAAGGACAGGGUUCGUUUGGACACUCUCACAUGGGACAUCAACUCCACAACAUUCAACCCCACUCGAUCGAUGGAUAUGUAUUGCAAGGAAACUCUGGCCAUGCGCAGGGCUUGUCGCCUGCCCAUUCCCAUGGUGGUGGAUUCGCUAGUGCUUCAGCAUUUGCUAACGUGAGCGCCUUUGGCAACGUCGGUAUCGCUGGUCAUUCAUUGAAUGACCCUUAUCAGCGGUCCUCUUAUGGUUAUGGCAUGUAAAAACAUGUUGGCCAUUCACAUUGACGAACCGUCAACCUCCUUGGCCUUACAUGGCUCUGUCGUUCCUUAUGAUCUGCUCCUAUGUGUCUAUUCUAUGCUCCUCUUGUUUCGAUAACCGAUACCUAACUUCGCACGUCGUUUGAGUGGGCUGACUCACGGCGUGCUCCGUAAACCCCAGUCAUCGACUGCUAACAUACCAUCGCGCAUUUGUAUUUCGCCUGGCACAUUCACCCAACCCGCUAUAUUUUGCUUUCAGAACACUUUUAUCUGUCACAUCUGUACAGCUUAAUCUUCCCCAUCAUCUUAUCCCAAUGUCUGUUUAAUGAUAAACUCGUCGCAGCACUACUUUCUGUACUUAUUGACCCAACUUAUGACAUCGUUUGUGUUCAUUGCGAAAGAAA